CUCUCACUUCCCUCCCCUACCGGCUGGACUCCGGCAGCCCCUUCCUUCUUCAGGCUUGGUGGCCUGCCUCACCUUAGGAACUGAAGAAGGAACUUGGGCCAGAUGUGCCAGGAACGCCCCCGGUGCAAGCGACAGACUAGUCCUCUCCCUUUCGCAAGGGUCGUUUUCCUCUGAAAACUGGGGUCGGAGGAGGAGGAGGUGGAGGAGGAGGAGCUCUCUCAUCUACCCGGAGACUCUGCUCUUUAUCUUUUCUGUGCAAAUACGGAGAGAGCAGUAGGAGGGAAGGUCUUUGACCCCUGUGAUGGGAAACACGGGAGCUUUCAAAAGAAGUCUUUUAAUCUCUGCCUUGUCUUAUUUGGGUUUUGAAACUUAUCAAGUCCUUUUCCAGUCUUCUGUGGUUCAUGCCACAGCCAAAGUCACCAGAGUUGAAGAAAUCCUUGAACAAGCAGACUACUUAUAUGAAAGUGGAGAAACAGAAAAACUUUACCAGUUGCUAACCCAGUACAAGGAAAGUGAAGAUGCAGAGUUACUGUGGCGUUUGGCACGGGCAUCACGUGAUAUAGCUCAACUUAGUGGAACCUCAGAAGAGGAGAAAAAGCUUUUGGUGUAUGAAGCCCUGGAGUAUGCAAAAAGAGCCCUAGAAAAAAAUGAAUCAAGUUUUGCAGCUCAUAAGUGGUAUGCAAUCUGUAUUAGCGAUGUUGGAGAUUAUGAAGGAAUCAAGGCUAAAAUUGCAAAUGCCUACAUUAUCAAGGAGCAUUUUGAGAAAGCAAUUGAAUUGAACCCUAAAGAUGCUACCUCAAUUCACCUUAUGGGUAUUUGGUGUUACACAUUUGCUGAAAUGCCCUGGUAUCAAAGAAGAAUUGCUAAAAUGCUGUUUGCAGCUCCUCCUAGUUCCACCUAUGAGGAGGCCUUAGGCUACUUUCACAGGGCAGAGCAAGUGGAUCCAAACUUCUACAGCAAAAACUUACUUCUUUUAGGAAAGACAUAUUUGAAGCUACAUAACAAAAAGCUUGCUGCUUUCUGGCUAACAAAAGCCAAGGACUAUCCAGCACACACAGAGGAGGAUAAACAGAUGCCCUACAUAGAGCACAGAAGAAUAAUCCUUACGUACAAGUCUGCUGAAUGUCUAAACACCAUUAUUAUCACAAUUAUUUGAGAGAAAAUGCAUUUACCCAUGAGCUCAGCAAAUCCUCCUAGAGGUAAACGGCAGGUUCCAGUGACAAACUGCAACAGUCGCAUUCUUACUUCAUUGUCUGUCUCUUUCACAAACUGUGUAACAAAAUCGAAUUUACUUUACUAUAAAAUAAAUACUUGAUUUUUUUCAGUAA